UUAUAAAUUAGUUGAAGUUGAACUGACUAUAAGUUACUUAUCUAUCUAUUGUUUGGUCGUAAAAUAAAUAAAUACAUCUCUGAUCAUACGAGGUUUGACUGCUCGACCUUGGUGGACCGUUAUUUCGUUAUGAAACAUUUGUUUUUGAUUUACUCGUACAUUACUUUGUUUGCUUAAAUAACUGUUUUGGGGUGUUUUUUUUCAGAUUUUCAAAUUUCAAUUAUCAUUCAGUACCUACAUCGUACAAAAUCAACGAUGACCGGAGCUAUGAAGCAAAUAACAAUCACUUUGCUGAUGCUAAUAUUUACAUCGACCGAAGCCAACACCUCCGCAAACUGGAUGCAAUGCAAUGAAACCGCGCCAGGUUGCUCUUGUACCUGGAUCAACGGUAUUAAAACAGCGAAUUGCCAGAAUGCUUCUUUCAACGAUAUACCUCAAGGUUUGAGCAGCGAAAUUUCAUCUUUGAUCCUCGACAACAACGAAAUACCUGUGCUAAGAAACGAAACAUUUGAACGGGCAGGAUUAAUCAAUUUACAAAAACUCUCGAUGAAAAAUUGUCGUAUUCGCGAUAUCGAAAAAACCGCCUUCGCUGGCUUAUCCAUCAUUAUUGAAAUCAAUUUAUCGAAUAACCAAAUUCAAAACCUCGAUCCUUCGUUAUUUGCACGAGCAGAAAAAUUACGAGUGGUGAAUUUGAGUAAUAAUUCCGUAGAAACCUUGCCAGAUGGUUUGUUCGCCGGGUUUAAAUUCUUACAGAGAAUCGAACUAGAUGGUAAUAAAAUCUCGCUUAUUGGAAAUAAAACGUUCGACAAUUCGCUCAAAGUGAGAAAUAUCAACUUGAAUGAUAACCAGUUAACGUAUCUGAAUAAAAGUGUAUUUGGAGAAUUCGCGUCUCGUUUGGAUACCCUGCAGUUGAAGAAUAACCCGUGGAAAUGCGAUUGCCGUUUACGCGAUUUUAUCAAGUGGUAUGUGAGCAUGAGACAUUUUAAUUCUGGUUCUAUUGCUUGUAAAGAGCCCAAAAAUAUGCUAAAUGCGACGUGGAGAUACAUGCAGCUUGAUCAGUUGGUCUGUGAGACGAUUGUUAAUGGUACGUCUCAGGGUAUUGGAAGUGAAUCGACUUCUGCGCCGGAUGCUGCUCCUUGAAUCGAAAAAUGGAUGGAAUGAGUCGUUGAUUUUCUCAAAAUUAUUUUAUGUAAGUAGUUUUAUGUAGAAUUGUAGAUGAAUUACAAAACAAAACAAGAUGUCCCAGAAUCGAUAAAAAAAAUCCUUGGAAAAAAUCAUCCACCAAACUCUCGUCAAAAAGUAGUCCUCAGUAGUAGUCCGGCAUAUGACAAUAGGAGUAAUUGCACCCCCCCCCCGGCCGAUCCUCCGGGACAACUUUUUUCUUAAAGGGGACAUCCUAAGGAACAUUUUAAAGCAAACUUGCCAAAAAAAAAAGUUGGCCUUACUUACAAAAUGGCGGCCAUUUUGAUUGACAGGUCAGCCGAAAUCGCAGAUUUUGCGUUUUAACGUAGGACUUGCACGAACUUUUUCAAACUUUACAAAAGUAGAUCGAAAGAUCAUGCAAAAAUUUAUCACCUGUCAAAAUUUCGAGUGCUAAAGUGUGUUUUUCGAUUUUUGGUGAAUUUUUGAAAAUCGAAUUUAGGCCAAAAAUGAGGGAAAAAAAUCAAAAUUUUACCAAAUUGACCAAGAAAGCUGAAAUUUGGGAUAUACCUCAUUUUCGACAUGCCAAAUCGAUUUGAAACGGUUUCAACCCGUUUUGAGCAGUUCUGGAGCCUCCAGCAGAUUUUUGAAACUCGAAAUUCCCACAAAAUUCCAUCAAAUUGGAGUUGUAAAGCUAAAAUUUAUUCUAAAAACUAAUUUCAAUACGUUACGAAGUACUGCAGGUGAAUUUCAAGUCGUUUUGGAUCCUCCAGCGACUUUUUGAAAAUUCCUGAAGCCUCCAGCAGAUUUUUGAAACUUUUAAUUUUCACAAAAUUUCAUCAAACUAAGAUGGAAAUCUGAAAUUUACUCUUCACUCCAAUUUUAACACCCUCUGAAGACGUCUUUAGAUGGGUUCAAGUCAUUUUAGGGCCUCCAGCGACUUUUUUGGAAAAUUACUGGAGCCUCAAGCAGAUUUUUGAAACUUUAAAUUUUCACAAAAUUUCAUCAAACUAAGAUGGAGAGUCGAAAUUCAUUCUGCAAACUAAUUUCAAUACGCUACGAAGUUGACUGCUGGAGAAUUUCAAGUCGUUCUGGAGCCUCCAGCAAUUUUUUGAAAGGUUGUAUGACGUUUUGUUGGAAAAUUGAAAUUUCCUAAAGGUAGCUGGAAGCUUCAAAACCAUUUGAAACCACCAUGCAGUCUGCGAAGUAAAUUUCAGCUUGCCAACUCCAUUUGAUAAAUUAAUGUUGGAGAAAUUUCAAGUUUCAAAAAUCUACUGGAGACUCCAGUAGUUUUCAAAAAAGUUGCUGGAGGCCCUAAAAUGACUUGAACCCAUCUAAAGACGUCUUCAGAGGGUGUUAAAAUUGGAGUGAAGAGUAAAUUUCAGAUUUCCAUCUCCAUUUGAUGAAAUUUUGUGAAAAUUAAAAGUUUCAAAAAUCUGCUGGAGGCUUCAGAAAUUUUCAAAAAGUCGCUGGAGGAUCCAAAACGACUUGAAAUUCACCUUCAGUACUUCGUAGCGUAUUGAAAUUAGUUUUUAGAAUAAAUUUUAGCUUUACAACUCCAAUUUGAUGGAAUUUUGUGGGAAUUUCAAGUUUCAAAAAUCUGCUGGAUGCUCCAGAACUGCUCAAAACGGGUUGAAACCGUUUCCAAUCGAUUUGGCAUGUCGAGAAUGGGGUAUAUCCCAAAUUUCAGCUUUCUUGGUCAAUUUGGUAAAAUUUUGAUUUUUUCCCCUCAUUUUUGGCCUAAAUUCAAUUUUCAAAAAUUCACCAAAAAUCGAAAAACACACUUUAGCACUCGAAAUUUUGACAGGUGAUAAAUUUUUGCAUGAUCUUUCGAUCUACCUUUGUAAAGUUUGAAAAAGUUCGUGCAAGUCCUACGUUAAAACGCAAAAUCUGCGAUUUCGGCUGACCUGUCAAUCAAAAUGGCCGCCAUUUUGUAAGUAAGGCCAACUUUUUUUUUGGCAAGUUUGCUUUAAAAUGUUCCUUAGGAUGUCCCCUUUAAGAAAAAAGUUGUCCCGGAGGAUCGGCGGGGGGGGGGGGUGCAAUUACUCCUAUUGUCAUAUGCCGGACUAAGAAACAAUAAGCAGACGAAAGUAUGUACUAAUGUUUAUAAAAUUAUUAUUUAAAUUUGAUAACAUUUAAUUAUCAACAUUUCAUACAGCAAAUGCAUAUCUGGUAUUUUAAAAUGUAAGUUGAACGGGAAAAUUGAUUCAGUGACGAUGAAAUAAUAAUAAUUAACAUCACGGAGAUGAUUGUACUUAUUUUUAAACGAGAUAUAUCUGACUCAUAUCCGCGUUUCAAGUAAAAUAUUUCCAGCUUCCUCCAUGAUCGUAGUUUUAUUCUGAUUAUUUUAAUGUACCUAGUUAUACCUUUCUGAGAAUAAAUGAUACAAAAUAUUAUAGAUAAGUACCUAACUUACUUAGUCAUUGAUUAAUAACGCAAAUAAAAAAUAGUCUGAAUUGAAAAUAUGUACUAAGUAUACUUAUUUUAUAAGGAAAUUUUUCAAACCGGCAUUCUCCGAUUUUUUUUAAAAUUUUAAAAAUUCAAAAACGCUAUUUUAACGACGAUUUUUGAACUUUUUUAUGAAAUAAAUUCCAUCAUCAAAAUUUGAUUACUUUUCAUAGCAAUUGAACUUUUUUGUCAGCGAAGUGAACUAAUCAAUGAUUCCUUUAAUCCAACUGCCAUGCUUUAAAGUCCAUUUUUACGAUAUCUUACACACCCCCUCCCCUCAAAAAACACUCAUUUUCCUUCGAAGUAUUUUUUUUCAGUUUUUUUUAAUUAUCAAAACUUUUCCAAAAAUUCAAAAAAUGGGUUUUACGACCUGAUUUUUUGAUCUAGCUUAGUUUUGUUAAAAUCAGAGUGUGCUGGUUCAAAAAAUACUCAUGUAAAUAAUACAUUAAAAAUAAAAUUAAUUGAAUUUUCUGGAUA